AUGAACAAAAACGGAACAGCUAAAAUGAAUGAUAAUCAAAUUAGAGCAGAAGGUAGAAGGUUAUUUAAACGCUUCUAUAACAUUCCUGAUGGUAUUAAUCCUAAAACUCGUAGAAGCUAUUUAAAUGAAGCAAUAGAUGCAUAUGAAGGGUUUGACAUUUCAUCAGAAAGUGAGAGAUUAGCGAGAAUGUUAAAUGUUAAUAUUGAUUUCUAUUAUUGUGAUCCUCAACCAGAAGACGUGGACAUAAAUAAGGUAGACUUUCCAUUAGUGGAAUCAAUAAUGAUAGAUCCAGAAUUUGAAACAGUAAAUAUUUUAUUAACACAGAGUCCAUGUGGAAAACUUCACGCUGACAGAAUAACAGACGUUGAAGCACUCACCGGCUAUAAAGUUUGUCCAUAUUGUAAAGAAGAAGUUUAUUCUAUCCGUGAUGAUCCAGAAAGGAAAAACCAAAGAAGAUUUUUAAAGCAUUGUGAGAAAUGUAAAGAAAAUAAUGGGAGAUUAAUUCAAGACGUUCAAUUGCAAAAGACACAGCAACCAUAUGCACCACAUAUUACGAAACAGAAGAUAUAUCAGUGGUUAUUAG